AUGCUCAACUUCACGGAUGUGAAAGAGUUUAUUCUUUUGGGACUAACCAGUCGUCGGGAAUGGCAAAUUCUCUUCUUUGUCAUUUUCCUGCUGGUCUAUGUGGUCACCGUGGUGGGUAAUAUCGGCAUGAUCCUGUUAAUUAAGGUCAGUCCACAACUCAGCAGCCCCAUGUACUUUUUUCUGAGUCAUUUGUCAUUUGUUGAUGUGUGGUUUUCCUCCAAUGUCACUCCUAAAAUGCUGGAAAACCUGUUAUCCAAGACAAAAAUGAUUUCUUACGCUGGCUGUUUGGUACAGUGUUUCUUCUUCAUUGCUCUUGUCCAUGUAGAGAUAUUUAUUCUUGUUGCGAUGGCCUUUGACAGAUGCAUGGCCACUGGAAGCCCUUUGCUCUAUGGCAGCAAAAUGUCAAGGAUUGUCUGCAUCUGACUGAUUUCCUUCCCUUACGUGUAUGGUUUUCUGACUAGUCUGGCAGCAACAUUAUGGACCUAUGGUUUGUGCUUCUGUGGGAAGAUUGAGAUCAACCACUUCUACUGUGCAGACUCACCUCUCAUCAAAAUGGCCUGUGCUGGAAACUUUGUAAAAGAAUAUACAACGAUCAUACUCGCCGGCAUUAAUUUCUCAUAUUCCCUAACUAUAGCUAUCGCAUCCUAUCUCUUCAUCCUCAUUGCCAUUCUCCAGAUGAACUCGGCGGAAGGGAGGCGCAAGGCCUUUUCCACCUGUGGGUCCCAUCUGACCGUCGUCAUAUUCUACGGAACCCUCAUUUUCAUGUAUCUCAGAUGUCCCACAGAGGAGUCUGUGGAGCAGGGGAAGGUGGUGGCCGUGUUUUACACCACGGUGAUCCCCAUGUUGAACCCCAUGAUCUACAGUCUGAGGAACAAGGAUGUGAAAGAGGCCUUGAACAAAGUGAUCAGCAAAACAUUUUUAAUAAAGUAA